CCCCCCCACCCCACCCACUGCACCCCACCCCACACAGACACAAGUUGCAUACUCAUGAUUUUCCUCUUCACAUAGAAUAUGAAGCUCUCUGUGGUAGGUCAUAAGAAUAUAUAUAGUUUUGUUAAAUUUGGUUCACAUCCAAAUCGUGACCAUACCUGGUACGGCCAUGUGUAUCCCACAUCCAAACAAAAAUAUCACACACACACACACCCACACACACACACACCCACACACACACACACACACACACAAACACACACGUGCAUGUACAGACAAACGCAUGCAUACGAACCUGCUUAUAAAAGUCGAGCAUCCCUCUAGGCUUUAUAAUACUCUGUACUUAGAACAACGUGUGCGAUCUUACAACAUGGCUGAUGUUUGUCCUAACGCGCCGAAAAAAGCUCACCCUUUUUUGGGAAGAAUAGAAAAAAUGUUAGAACAUGAAAAGAUUCAAUAUUGGGUAAUGUCAAACGGAUGUACAGCCGGGUUUUUUUUCGAUGCAGAAAAAGGAACCGUUUUGCUUUUCAAGUUCUCGGUCCCGGGAACACACGAUCUUUUCCUUUCACGUAGAAUAUGAAGCACUCCGAGUCAGGCCUAGGUCAAAAGGUCAACAACGUAAAACCCCCGUUCUGAUGCAUUCCCGAGCACAAACACACCCCCCCCCCACACACACACACACACACACACUCGAAUGCAUACGAACCUGUUUAUAAAGUCGAGCACUUCGAAAGUUUUAACAUCGGAAAAGGUUCGACCGAAUUUCCAGAGUCAGUUCUUCACUACUUCGAAAGUUUGAACAUCGGCAAAGUUCAACAGAAUUUCCAGACCCCAUGGAUUUCUCGGCAGGUAAAAAUUUGUAUUUUAAUCAAUUAAUAGUUAAAUAUAAAUUGAAAUACAAUGUUUAUGUAAUUAUCCAGUAGGCAAUGAUAUUGAUAUAAACUUAGAACUAAUCAUUCUGAGUACAAAAAUCAUCAUACUUAUCUGGUCAUUAUGUAAUCUGGUACGAUACUUUAUCUAAAUUGUAAAUAUUCAUUACAUUUAUAUUACAGUGCAAGACCGAGUUAAGCUCAUCUGUUUCUAGUGUAUAGGUAAUUAAAAUUUGUCUCUUAGAUCUAUGUAGUGAUCUAAAAUGAGAAUGUUAAGUUAUUAAAAGUAUGUUUUACUGUUUUAUAGACAGCUUGGUGAUUAUUUCUGAUGAUGAGAUUCCCGAAACAACCACUCAGGACCUUUUGAAUCUGAGUUCCACACAAUUUGAGGGAAACGUGACUAACAGUGAUUAUGACGGAGAUAUUUCAGAUACGAGUGCUGCAAUAGAAGACCAAGAGGAAAUCAUCUCGGAAACCGACAUUCAACAAGACAUCGAACUACAACAGAUCUGCGCAGUGUGGCGUGAAUUCUUCGAAGCAAAGACUGAUUUAUUGGAAAACUUUGGACAGAUUGAUUAUACACUUGAUUCUGGUCGAGGUACAGAUUUUAUCCCUUUACUGUACAGCACGCUUGAAAAUGUGAAUAGAUGUCUCACAGUGAGCAUAAAGUUGAUUAGAAAAUUGUAUGAUAGAUAUGGCGCAGAAACGACUGAAAUGCAGUUCGGAUAUGGAGACUAAAAAAAAGAGAACCGAAAAUUCUCCAUUAUCACAUGAUUUCUUUUAUGACGGAAACCAGAGUUUUUCAAAUGAUUCGCACACACCCCUGAACCCAUGUUUAACUGAAGCGAUCAACCGGCUGAACGAAAGUUUAAUUCCGUCACACCAAGUCGUUAGUGAGAGACCUAAUCAGAGUCCAAAUCACGUCGUAUCAAACACAACGGUGACGCCAAAUGAUAUAUUUUCUGAAUUAAAUCAAUGUCUGUUAGAGUUGCAUAAUAACCUAAAUGAACACGGUCAUUCAGUACAAAUAAACCCUGAUCUAAUCGAUGCAGUCAAUCAGGUGAAUGAAAAUUUAAGAUCGUCAGAACAGAGCAAUACUCAAAAUGAAAACCCCAGUCGAAAUUCCAUUCAAACUGUAUCAAGUACACCGGUGACGUCGCACGACAUAUUUUUCGAAUUAAAUCAAUGUCUGUUAGAGUUACAAAAUAACCUAAUCGAACAAAGAGAAUCUUUGCAGAUAAAUCCAUGUUUAAUAGACGUGGUGAAUCAAAUCAAUGAAAAUAUGUCAUUAUCUCCCGUUCAGAAUAUCGUCUCGACUCCAGAAAACGCUCAGGAACCUAGUCCGUUAUCUUCUCAUGAUACGAUACACGAACUUAAUCAAAGUGUUAUGAGGAUAAAUGACGGUCUUGUUAACUUAAUCGAAAACCCUGACAAUAUUGCACAAAAUUCGGAAAACGAUAAUGAACGCAACCGCCCAAUGGAAAACAUACACUCACCUAAUACCCAAGAUUCUCAAAUGGAAAACACACAUUCGCCCGUUACCCAAGAUUCUCAAAUGGAAAACUCGCCCGAUAUCCAAGUAGAGCAAGAGGGUGAUGGAUUAGAUCCUAAUAUUAGAAUAAUUAAUCGGGAAAGAUUCAACAACACUGAGAUUAGGAGAAGAGUGAAUUUUUCUUCUAUCGCGAACGUUGACAGCUUUGCAGAUUUUUAUAAUUAUGUUUUAGAGAUUUUAAACAGCGCGAUUGAAAUCGCUAACAAUUUAAUUUCUGCCAAGGAUGUAGUCACCGUUGAAAUUAGAGGUGAUACGGUCAAUGUUUCAUCACACGUUCAAAUAGACAAUGGUGUCAUCGAUUUAGGUUCUUUUCUGACCAUGCUCGAAAAUGCAAUUCAGAGUAAACGUGAAAUUUUUACCGAUAAUACCCUUGAAAUAGUCGUCCAAAUCGUCCGACCACUUCGGGGUGGUGGAAAUAGAAGGAAAAUAGGCCAUAUAUUCAAAUCAGAAACCCUGCAGAAGAAAAUGCAACAUCUAUACAUUUUUCACAACAGAGACAACAUGUGCUUCGCCUUGUGUGUUAGCCAACUUUUGAAUCGUGAAAAAAAUGAUUUUGAAACCGAACAAAUCGCUAGAAAAUUACAACACGAUGUGGGAUUAUCCGUAAACACCGCGGUCAGCUUUGCUGACGUACCGAGAUUUGAGAGACAUUUGAAUUGCAAAAUCGUAAUCGUAUACUGUUCUGCUAGCAAAGCCGGAUACUCUUUCUUUCAAACUAGCAAGACUCCCCACGAAAAAACCAUUUACUUGUUUUUACAUGACAACCACUAUUAUGGGGUUAAAAGUAUCACCGGACUUUUAGGAACGAGUCAUGUUUGUCAUUUCUGCCAUUCGGGGUUUGACGUUUUAUGGAAACAUAAAUGCGCUUAUAGCUGCAACGUUUGUCACGACCCCGAUUGUUACAAACACCCUAAGAAUGUUACUAAAUGUCCAGAGUGUCAGAGACUGUGUAGCUCCCAAUACUGUUUCGAGAGGCAUAAAGCAAAGAUUCAAUCGCACAAAGGCGAAUAUUCUAUGUGUGAAACGGGAUUCCACUGCGGUAAAUGUAAACGUGUGAUAAGGGAUAAUCCUUCUAAUCGUGAGAAUCACGUAUGUGCCCAUUCGAAAUGCAUACUCUGUGGCCAAAAACUCGAUGAGGAUAUCGAGCAUAGAUGUUUUAUACAGAGGGCCAGGAAAGAAAGCGAAAAUACGGAUUAUGUGUUUUACGAUUUCGAAACUAGGCAGGAAACAGGAACACAUGUAGCUAAUUUCAUAUGCUGUAUUGAUUUUAAGGGAGAGGAGUGGGUGGCUGAAGGGGAUGAUUGCGUCAGUGCCUUCUUUAAAAAGUUUCGGUGUAAUGCAUACCACGGAUACAAGUUUAUAGCCCAUAACGCUAGAGGGUUCGAUUCAUACCUUUUGUUAAACCAUUUAGUGAAAGAAGGAAUCACACCUGAAAUCAUAGCACAAGGCGGUAAAAUUUUGUGUUUCAUCGAUACCGCGUUUCGUCAGUCCUACAUUGAUAGUCUAUCGUUCUUACCCAUGAAAUUGAGUAGCAUCCCAAAAGCCAUGGGUUUUUCGGAAAGCAAGAAAGGCUAUUUUCCCCAUUUCUGGAACACCGUAGAACAUCAGGAUUACGUAGGGCCGUAUCCUGACCCUAAGUUUUACGGUGUAGAUGGCAUGAUGCCUAAGGAUAGAGAAGAAUUCUUUAAGUGGUACAGAACGGUUUCUGACAAAGUGUUUGAUUUCAAGAAAGAGAUGGCGGAAUACUGUGUGAACGAUGUAGAAAUUUUGAGAAAGGGUUGUAUAGCUUUCAGACAAGAAAUUCUGGAUAGUACAAAGGUCGAUCCUUUUAAAUGCAUAACGAUCGCGUCUGUGUGCAUGAAAAUCUUUAGAACCAACUUCCUGCGUAAAGACACUUUAGCUAUUCCGCCUCUUGAUAAUUACAUCACCACUCAGAAAUCUUUCUCAACACCAUCCAUACAAUGGCUCGAAUAUGUUUCAAAAACGCAAAACCUACCCAUUCGCCACGCGUUGAACGAAGGUGAAGUCAGGUUCGGUACUUAUUACGUAGAUGGUUACUGUGAGGAAGGGGAAAACCGUAAGGUUUUUGAGUUUCUUGGGUGUUUUUAUCACGGCUGUGAAAAGUGUUUUCCCUCAAUGACCCCGCAUCCUCUUACCAAAUCAAACGCAACCUUCGGAGAUAUCCGUCAAAAAUCGAUGGAGAGAAUUAAGAAUUUGCAAGACACUCUCAAUUUGCAAGUCACUCUGAUGUGGGAACACGAGUGGAAUGAAAUGAAGAAAAACGACAAUCUCGUGCAAAAUUUUCUAAAAGACUUUGACUUUCCUGAGCGUUUAAACCCUCGAGAUGCUCUUUACGGCGGUCGAACAAAUGCGUUAAACUUGCAUUAUGUAGCUCAACCCGGUGAGAGAAUCGAUUAUUUCGACUUUACCUCGCUUUACCCAUUCGUAAAUAAGACAAAGACAUACCCGAUCGAUCACCCUAUCAUCAUUUAUCGUGACUUUCAACCUCUGAAAAAUUACUUCGGUAUCAUUAGAGCAAAGGUAUUACCACCUAGGGGUCUGUGGGCACCUGUUCUACCAUUUCGUGUAAAAAGCAAACUCCUCUUUCCUCUAUGUAGAACGUGUGCCGAACAUCAGUUAAAACAUUGCGAUCAUACGGCUCAGGAGAGAGCUCUUAUCGGAACAUGGGCAUCUAUCGAAAUUGAGAAAGCCGUCGAAAAAGGUUACAAAAUUCUAAAAGUGUUUGAAGUGUGGCACUUUCCUAAAAGGUCUGAUAAGCUUUUUACGAGAUAUAUUAAAAUGUUCCUCAAGACCAAACAGGAAAGUUCAGGUUAUCCGUCCUGGGUCGUUGAUGAAUCAUCUAAACGUGAGUACAUUCGCAAAUAUGAGGAGAACGAAGGGAUUACGUUGGAUCCGAAAUUUAUCACUGUUAAUCCUGCCAAAAGAUCCGUGGCUAAACUCGCACUAAACUCGUUGUGGGGUAAGAUGUGUCAAAGACCAGACAGAUCGAACACGACCUUAAUUCGAGAUCCUGCCGAGUUUUUACAGUUCAUGUUCUCCGAUAUUUAUAAUGUGAGUCAGUUCUCUUUUUUGAAUGAGGAGGUGGCGAUGGUACAGUGGCGUUACGCAGACGAGAGAUUGAUUAAACCGCUAAACGCUAAUGUAUUCAUCGGCAUUUUCACUACAGCGUACGCUAGACUUGAGCUGUACAAUUUGAUGGAUCGAUUGGAUCAGCGUUGUUUGUACACAGACACAGAUAGCGUCAUUUUUAAAAGUAAGGAAGGUGACUGGAUGCCACCCUUAAGCGAUUACUUGGGUGGUCUUACCAGCGAACUAGAUCAAAUCGUGGAAUUUGUAAGCGCAGGUCCUAAAACCUACGGUUACAAAACCAUGAAAGGAAAAACAACCAUGAAAGCUAAAGGCAUUACUUUAAAUUAUAUCAAUUCUGAAAUUGUCAAUUUGAAAUCACUAACAGAACUGUUGGACGAGCGAGUGAAAAAUCCGGAUCAUACAGGUCAUCUCAUAACCACGCAUAACCAAAUCGUGAGAGAUAAAAAGGGGUUUCAUUUGAGAAACAAAUCACAGUUGAAAAGGUUCAGGGUUGUGUACGAUAAGCGUGUUUUAUUAUCUGAUUUUACAACUCUCCCUUACGGCUAUUAAGACUAUUCUUGUAUAUAUGUGUAUAUAGUUUCUGUUGAUGUGUUUUGUAAAGGAAAAUAUGAACGUGACUGCUUUUGACGCUAGGAUGCAACUUCCCUUUUCAUGUAUCGUAUGUGGACCGAGUAAUAGUGGAAAAUCUUUUUUUAUCAAAAUGCUGUUGGAAAACUGUAAAGAGGCAAUGUCGGUUGUUCCGGAAAACAUUGUCUGGUGUUAUACGUGUUGGCAGCCUCUGUACGAUGAAUUAUUGACCAGAAUAAAAAUAAUUUUUCUUCAAGGAA